CGCUUAGGCAAGUUAAGCGCUCUUCGUGCCUAAAGAGUCUUACAUCAAGAGCGCCCUGAAGAGUGCUAUACCUCGAUCGCUGAUUUAUUUAUAUAGUUAGUCGGUUUGUUUAUUGAAUUCGGGUGUCCCGGAUAUCGGGUUCCGGUCGAGUUCCGCGGACGAAGUGAAGAGGCGUCCCUGGUGCGUCGGGACGCCUUUAUGGGACGCUGACGUUGACGGCGGUGCUGUUGGGUUCGGGAGCGGACCUGGAGUCGAUGAGUGCGGGGGGCAGCUACGGGGAAGGUCCCGUGGUCCAGGACCGGGCUGAUUUACACGGCCUACUACCCGAGCUCAAUGGCGUCGAACUGGCGAUGAGCCUUAGCCCCAAACACAACCAAGGAGGACAAGUACUCAGCCAUCUUCAACAGUUACACCACCACUCGACGCCAUUCAGUGUUACGGACAUUCUUAGUCCAAUUGAGGAAUCUUAUAGGAAAUUGGAAUUGGCAACUAAUCCACCGUCGCCUUACAGAUCAACGUCUUCGGGGAGCAGUAUUAAUUCACCGGGAGCUAUAGGAACUUCGGGAAUUCCCACAAGCAGUUGCGGAGGCGCCAUGAACGGCGGUUAUCCUGUCAUGGGCCAAUUUGGCGGUGGUCAAUACUGCCCUGUUUCAGAAAAUUUGGGUUUAGCUCCACAUUAUUCCCCAGGAUGGUACCAAAGUUCUGCAGCUGACCCACGAUUCGCAAUUUCCAGGCUGAUGGGCAGCACGGCCUCGGCGGCGAACAUGGGGCACGGUCUCAACACGGGAAUGCCCGGCCUGGGCGCUUGCGCAGUACCGGACUCAAAACCCAUGCAAUUCCCCCUGGCACAACGCCGGAAGAGGCGGGUCCUCUUCACUCAAGCACAGGUUUAUGAACUAGAAAGGCGAUUCAAACAACAAAAAUAUCUAUCAGCCCCCGAAAGAGAACACUUGGCAUCCUUAAUUCAUUUAACGCCAACGCAGGUGAAAAUAUGGUUCCAGAACCACAGGUACAAGUGCAAAAGGCAGGCGAAGGAGAAGGCGAUGGCCGAACAGAACCAACACAACCAGUCGUCCAGUUCACCGCGUAGGGUGGCCGUGCCGGUUUUAGUCAAGGACGGAAAACCCUGCUCCGGCGGCUCAAACAAUCAAAACACCACGACGGUUUCUUCAUCAGAAAUUUCAAGACAACAACAGUCUCCGGUCUGUCCACCGCAACAACAAACCCAGUGUAUGGCUAACGGUGGAUUAGCGAUGGCUUAUCGUCAACAAAGUAAUUACCAGCAACAGUGCGGGACGUACUUACCACUACAAGCGAGGGCUUGGUAGUAUAAUUAGCUGGGAAUUAACUUUGUAGAUAUGUAAUAUAUUUAAAAUGUGUAUCAUCUUUCCUUUUUGUUUGGAACUAUAGAAAAAGCCUUUUUUUUACGUUUUUCUAAAGCGUGCAAUUGUAUACGAGGAACGAAACGAUUAAGAAAUGGAGCUUCUGUAACUGCGCGUAAAUCCCCCGAAAUGUAUAAUGUAUAAAUUAUCGAUUACAACCGAUUGUACAUAUUAAUUUAUCUGACAAUGAGUUUAGCGUGUAAUUUCUAUUAAGAUGAUAAUGAAGGCCGAUGAUAAUUUCCACGGUAUUAAAAUUGUAAGAUACCUAGUUGAUAAAUACGAAAUCUAUUUAUAACCGUAAGUAGUGAAAAGAAGAGACAUCCUUAUUGUAACACCCAACCCGUAGAUGUGUUUUUAAAAAUUCUAAAAUUAAAUAAAACGUAUGUACAAAUUAUCA